GCACACCAUGGAGUUUGACACAUUUCCCGUGCCCCAGUACAACACCAGCGACGCCACGUCGUUUGCGCAUACGUCUGCGCGCUCGCGAUGGCCCGUCAUCAUAACCCAGGGCAUUGACGACGUGCACCGCUCGUUGCACAGCACCAAGGACGAGGCAGCCAUCAGCCAGGGCAAAACAAUCGUCGCCGAACUCGCCAAGCUCAAGUACGAGCUGCAGCACGACCGCGAGCUGACACCCAUUGCCGAUGACGGCGAGCGCGACGUCGAGGCCUACAACCAGGAACUGGCUGCGCGAGGAAACCCCAAAUGGCACAACGUCCCUUGGCUCUUUGCAGAGUGCUACUUGUACCGACGCAUAGCGAGCAUCUUCAAGCAAUCCUCGGCAUGGCGCUCGUAUGACAUUUUCGCCCGCCAGAAAAUGGACACCUUUAAAUCGUCGCGACCCGCAGUCGUCGAACUCGCCGCCCGCUACAAAGAUAUUGUCAGUGAGCUUGAGCAGAAAAAAACGAAUAGUAGUAGUAGUGUAGAGACGCCAGAGCAACUCGAAGCCGCCGAAAAACUGCUCUUCACCGAAAUGUGCGAGAUUUGUCUCUGGGGCAACGCCACGGAUCUCUCGCUGCUAACCAACCUCUCGUACGAGGACAUCCAGAAACUGCAGGGCUCCGAGGCGCGCAAGAAGUCUGAGAAGAAUAUCCUGGUUAAUGACUUGGACAAGGCAUUUGGCGUGCUGCGCGCCGCGCAGAAACAAGGCAAGAAGGACCGACGCGUGGAUAUUGUGCUUGAUAAUGCGGGCUUCGAGCUCUUUGUCGAUCUCAUUCUCGCUGGAUACCUAGUUGCGUCGGGCUUGGCUACAAACGUCGUGUUCCAUCCUAAGUCCAUCCCUUGGUUUGUCUCGGACGUGCUGCCCGCUGACUUUGGCGCGCUGCUCUCGGCCCUCGCUGAUCCCGCCGCCUUCUACGAAGCGCUGUCCGACGACCAGAAGCACAAUGGGCAACAGGCUGUGCCGCUGUCGGACACAGAGAGCGCCAAUCUGCGCUUUUUGUUCCAGCAUUGGAGUGGCAUGCAUGCAGAGGGCCAGCUGAUGCUGCGACCAAAUGACUUCUGGACUGCUGCUGGAAGUUACUGGCGGCUGCCCAAGACGGAGCCAGAGCUGUAUGAGGAUCUCAAGGAGAGCGAGCUCGUCAUUUUCAAAGGAGACUUGAACUACCGCAAGCUGACUGCUGAUGCAGCUUGGCCCGCCACCACGCCCUUCACCUCCGCCAUAGGACCCAUGGGACCCGGCUCUGGCAUCCGCGUUCUCGCGCUUCGCACAUGCAAAGCCGACGUAGUCGUCGGACUCGCCUCGGGCGAAGACGAGCGCAUCAAAGCCACCCAAGGCGGCGGCGGCGGCGGCGACGACAGCGGAGCACGAAAAUGGGCUUGGAGCGGCAAAUGGGCAGUAGUCCAAUUUUCCAAUGGCAAAGCCUAAACUACCCUAAUGCAUGCCUGUGGCAUUUUUGUUUAAAUGUACAAAUGAGAGGUUAGAUGGACAUAGGAAAGAA